CUCGCUUUCUCUUCCAGCUCCAUUACAGAACCUCUCUCUCUCUCAUCUCUCCAUGGGGAAAGGCAUGUCCUUUCCCUUCCUCGUCAUCUGUCUCUUCUCCAUUGCCUCUCUUUCUACCUCAGCUCCAUUGCAUGACGCAGAACAGAUCGUCAAUGAAUUAGAAAGGAGCAUUAAUGUUUCGAGGAGGGAGCUGGGCUUCCUUUCCUGCAAAACCGGCAAUCCCAUCGACGACUGCUGGCGGUGCGACCCCCACUGGGAGUCCAACCGCCAGCGGCUGGCGGACUGCGCCUACGGUUUCGGCAAGAACGCCAUCGGUGGAAAGAACGGCCGGAUUUACGUCGUCACCGACGGCGGAGACGACGCCGUCAACCCCAAGCCCGGCACCCUCCGGUAUGGCGUCAUCCAAGACGAGCCUCUGUGGAUCAUCUUUGCCAGCGACAUGGGCAUCCGGCUCAAGCAGGAGCUGAUGGUGAACUCUUACAAGACCAUCGAUGGCCGUGGCGCCAACGUUCACAUCUCCAAUGGACCCUGCAUCACCAUCCAGUUCGUCACCAACAUCAUCAUUCAUGGAGUCCACAUCCACGACUGCAAGCCGGCAGGGAACGCCUAUGUCAGGGACUCCCCACAGCACUAUGGCUACAGGACGAGGUCUGAUGGUGAUGGUGUCUCCAUCUUUGGGGGCAGCCACAUAUGGGUGGACCAUUGUUCCUUCUCUAAUUGCGCCGAUGGCCUAGUUGAUGCCAUCCAGGGUUCCACAGCCAUUACCAUCUCCAACAACUACUUCACACAUCAUGAUAAAGUCAUGCUCUUGGGCCACAGUGAUUCUUAUACCAAGGACAGGGACAUGCAAGUCACCAUUGCCUUCAAUCACUUUGGGGAGGGCCUGGUGCAGAGGAUGCCAAGAUGCAGGCAUGGGUAUUUCCAUGUAGUGAACAAUGACUACAGUCACUGGGAGAUGUAUGCCAUUGGUGGGAGUGCCGCUCCUACCAUCAACAGCCAAGGGAACAGAUUUCUCGCCCCUAAUACUGCAUAUAACAAAGAGGUAACAAAACGUGAAGAUACAUCACGGAGCAAAUGGAUCCAUUGGAAUUGGAGAUCUCAGGGGGACUUGAUGCUUAAUGGCGCCUUCUUCACUCCGUCCGGUGCCGGCAGCGGAUCGAGCUACGCAAAGGCUUAUAGCCUGAGCGCCAGACCUUCGUCCAUUGUGGGCACCAUCACUUAUUCCGCCGGAGCUCUUAGUUGCAGGAGGGGAAGGAGCUGCUGAUCACGCCCUCCUGCUAAAAGUGCAAUUUUAGUCUCUCCUCGAUUUCGGUUCAGAACUUCGGGCCGUGUGGUUCAACGUCCUGCUUCGGAACUUGAGUGGCAGCUCUACAAGACAGCAAAAGGCUGAAAAAUUGAUCUGACUGAACCACUCUCACUCUACAUAUCUCUAUCUCUGGUUCUGGUGGUGGCAUCAAUCUUCAAGCUUGUCACUGUUAUUUUAUUGAGAUCCUUGUGGAUUUUAAGCUUGGGGACCUUGAAAUCAGGGUCAAGCUGGCAAACGAAGGAAAAAAAUUGUAUUAUCUCUCUUUCUCUUUCUCAUAUGGCAUGUCGGCCACUCUGCCAACCUGAUUGUUUAAUGGUUAUCUCAUAGUUUACCGUGAUCAUGAUUAUGUUCCAUCCCACUGUUUUACAUGGAAAAACAUGUCUCGAGGUUCCUUUCACAUAGUUCCAA